CUAAAACCGGGGCUUGUCGGCGUAAGGGCUUCCGCUUUUCUGGGUUUGAUCGGGGUGGUCUUGAUGACGGACACCAAAACUCUUUUGGGCUAAAAAAUGCUGCCGGACGCCUACGGUUGCGUUGUGGCGAACAGGUUCGGGAAUCUUCUGGAUGACGAAGCGGAUCCGUUCGACUUGAUCAACGAGGUGGAAACGGAGAAGGAGAAAAAGAAGAAGAAGAAGAAGAAGGACGAUGAUAAGAAAGGAAAGCAGAAGAAACCUGGGCAAAGGGAAUCUCAGAAGGACAGACGCCUCCCCAUCGCGUCGGAUGGUCAAGAACCAGUUCCAGUCCGUAAGCAGCAGCAGCAGCAGCAGCAGCAGCAGCAGCAGCAGCAACAGCAGACACGUCCUCGGCCAGUGAUUGAGAGUGGAGAUGGCAGAGAGGAGGCCCAGAGGGGCAUGAAGAGGGCUGCCGUCGCGGAGCGUAGGGCCAACCAAGAGGCGUACCCACAGGAGUUUUCAACCUCUAAGCCUUCCUAUUAUGCAGACACUGACUCCAGAGGCAGAGGGGGGAUCAGAGGUAGGAGAGGAGCAAGAGGUGGUGGAUACACAAGGAACCAGGACAGCUUCAACUUGAGGGGCAAGAGAGAAUAUGAUCGACACAAUGGAACAGGCAUAUCUCCUGAGGAAAAGAGAGGAGGCAGAGGACCCUGGAACUGGGGCUGUGUUGAAGAAGCUGCAAGUGAAUUAAUGGAGGUGACGUCUGACACUCCGGUCAAAUCUGAGGAGCCCCAAAUACCUGCAGAUGAAGAGAAUCAGAAUCGAACAAUGGAAGAGGAGGACGGAGAGAUGGUGGUCCAGGUUGCUAUGGAGAUGACCCUCGACGAGUGGAAGGCCGUGCAGGAGAUGAGUCGUCCCAAGGCAGAGUUUAAUAUCCGCAAAGCCGAGAACAAGAUUCCCUCCAAAGCCAAGGUCAUCCACCAGUCAAAUCACCUGGAGAACCUCAAGGAGACUCUGGAGGACAUGGAGGACGAUGGCAACUUUCUCCGAAGGUCUGUGAAUGACAUCACCUCCCUUCUGGACAUCAAUUUUGGGAGUCUUGGACGCCCCACUCGUGGGGGUCGGGGAAGGGGAGCACGAGGUGGUCCGACCAGUCGCCCAGAGAGACCUAAACCCAUAUUGGAGAGGGAGGAUGAUCUGGCCCCUAACCCAGAUGACCCAGAGGACUUCCCAGCACUACCAACAGGAAGAUAAUUGAGUACAUUUCUCUUCAUUUACCUUCUGUGAGGAAAAUUAGUUGCACUAAACACGAUCGAAAUCACUGUUUUCAUGUUUCUGCUGUUCUUAAGAUUUGGGAUUCUAUUGCA